UCAGCAGUCCGUCAGCCUCGCUUUGGGGUUACCAGUAUAAGAGAAUAUACGUUGCGCGCUGGUGCGUUUUAAAAAGAUUUUGCCUAAAUUUUGAAAUUAGUCAGCAGAACGCCAUAAGUAGUAAGGAUCUAGUCCAAAAUACACCAUAAUAAAAACACGCCCAUUCCUAAAGCUGUCUGGAGACGUGGCCUCUCCACCUGGACAAACUGCGCAGGUUAUGGAGAGGAUCCCGUUGAGUAUGGGCAGCUUGCGAACCCUGCCGGGGUACGUGGCUGUUUCUCAAGUGGUGGGGGUGGCGUGCGUGGUGAUCACAGGUGUGUGGAUGGGACAUUACCGUGGAGGCUACGCCUGGGACGGCUCACUAAAUGAGUUUAACGUUCACCCACUCUGCAUGGUCCUCGGCCUGGUCUUCCUGUAUGGAGAUGCUGUGCUGGUUUAUCGUGUCUUUAGAAAUGAGAGUAAACGUUCUGUGAAAAUUCUCCAUGCUCUGCUACAUGUGAUGGCCCUCAUCAUCAGUGUUGUGGGUCUAGUGGCUGUAUUUGACUUCCAUGCCACUGCUAAGAUUCCCGACAUGUACUCUCUUCACAGCUGGUGUGGCAUGCUUACCUUUGUUCUGUUUUUCCUGCAGUGGUUGUUGGGAAUGGGCUUUUUUGUGUUCCCCUGGGCAUCUGCUCAAAUAAGGAACUGGUAUCUACCACUCCACGUCUUUUUUGGCCUGUUGCUGCUGGUUAUGUCUGUGGGAACCUGUCUGCUGGGCAUCACAGAGAAACUGCUCUUCAGUAUCAAUAUAGCAUGCCAAAAGCAGUAUGUCAAGUACAUUAACGGCUGAGGAGUGCGUCCUUCAUCAAAUGCAGUAUGGGAAUUCAGAUGCAGUAUAUGUCUAUAUAAUACAAUAGCUAGGUGAGCAGGUGUGUUGUGUCAUACUGAAGCGGUUUUUAUGUAUUGUAUUUUAGCAUGUCUGGAACGUUGUAUUGACCAAUCGGCAUUCAGGAACAAUCCCUUUUAAAAUUAAAAUGGUUGUAUAUUGUCAUUUAGACAAUCUCUAUCAGGACCUGUCUGAAUGCACCUGAUGUCAUUCUAAGAUGAGGUAAGAAUGUUGAAUGGUGGGAGAUUGAUGAGUCAUUCUGUGAAUGAGUCAGAGCAGAAAGAGACAUUUUCAAUGGCUUGUGAAUAUUAAUGAUAUUUGCCUUCUUUUCUCAAUCACAAUCAUAAAAUGCAACAUAUGGUUUUAUUAAUAGUAUUAUUCCUGGUAUGUAUAUGCAAAGAGAAACAUGGUAAUAAGAAAUAGUUUCUAUUCCUAUGCAUAAAAUGUACUGCAUAUGUAAUUAUUACAUUCAUUUUUUAUCAAAAAGUUAUUGGGAGAACAGGGCAGUUGUAACUGCUAUUUACUCAAAUUAAGUGCCUCUGCACAUGAACGUCCACAAUAACAACCACUUUCUGGAUGCUUAAGAUCAGCAGCUUCUUCAAACCAAUGCACAUUUUAUACCCAAGUUUCUUUUUGGAAGAGUUCAGAAGUGAAUUCUGCAGACCAUUUUGAUUGUGCUGUCAGUUUUGAUGCAAAUUAAUCUGAAACAGUCUUUGUUUUGAUCACUGUCUAGUUGGCAUGAUUGACAUCUUGAUAAAAAUGCAUUAUGUAUUAAAAUGGAAAAUGUAUUGUAGAACGAUGAACUUAAGGUUGAAUUUUUGAGGAAGAACACUUAGAACUAUGUAUGGCGUAAAAAAGGGCGCUGCAUACCAACAUAAAAACAUCAUCCAAAUGUUGAAGAAUGGUGGAGGGAGCAUCAUGAUUUGGGGCUUUUUCAGGGCCUGGACCACUAGUCAUCAGGGAGAAAUAUAUUCCCAAGAUAUUCUACAGUAUAAUGUCACGGUGGCUGUUCACCAGCUGAAACUCAGUAGAAGUUGGGUAAUGAAGCAGGACAAUUACCCUACACAUCAAAGUAAAUCACAUCAAAGUAAAUCUGUUAUAGAAUGGUUUAAAAAACAAAAACAAAUCCACCUUUUGGAGUGACUCCGUUAGAGCCCAGACCUUUACCUGAUAGAGAGGCUGUCAAAUGACUUCAGGAUAGCCAUUCACACCAGACAUCCUAAGAAUAUGGCUGAGCUGCAGCAGUUUUGUAAGGAAAAAUGGUCCGGAAAUGCUUGGUUGAGGUUAUCGCUUCCAAAGGAGGAUCAACCAGUUAUUAAAUCCAAGGGUUCACUUUCUUUUUCCACAGCACUGUGAAUGUUUAAUGGGAUGUGUUCAAUAAAGACAUGAAAGAUUAUAAUUGUUUGUGUGUUGUUAGCUUUAGCACAUUGUGUUUGUCUAUACUUGUGACUUUGAUGAAAAUUAGAUCCUAUUUUAUGACCAAUUAAUAGAGAAAACGGUCUCAUUCCAAAGGUUUCACAUCAUUUUUCUUGCCAUCGUACCUCUUUUUGUGACAAAACUUUGGUGGUGUUGCUUUUUUGGUUCCUGACAUUUACCCCAAAAUGUGAAAAAUAUUACAUCUAUUAGCAUCACAGCAACACUGGCUCUGGGGUGGGGCUAUCUGUUGGAAAACUGGGGGUGUGUGUGGCAAUUUGGUCAUUAUUUUAGCAAUUCUGUUAGCUUAUGCUAACGGUACUGA